GAAAUAGAGAGAAGAUGAGAGGGUGAUUUCUGGGCAGCUUGAAUUGUACACUAGAAUCUUUGAAGCUGUUCAUCAUGAAGACUGCUGUCAAGAUGGUUUUAUUCAAGCCAGAAACUCGCCCCAACAUUCUUCAAAGAUUCUAAAGCUCAUCUUGAAGUGAUUCGCCAUGGACGAUAUGAAAAGCAAGCUGCAACUGCUUGAAGAGCAACACAAGUCAUGGCGAACCCAACAGCAAGAGGAAUCUGCGAGAAUCAAACAGGAUUUUGAACGACGAUUCGCGAAAUUAAACGAGGAUUAUUUGGCAUCGGUAAGAGAAAUUGAUUGCGAUUUUAGUGCCAGAAAAGUAGCGUUGAUAAAGCGGUACAAUGAAAAAGGUAGCUGCACACGAACGGAAAGUACAAAACUUCUUUCACUCGACAAAGCGAAACAGCAGGAUGCCAUCGGUAGCCCGGCCGUUUUAAAAGAAAAAACGUUUCAUCAUCACCAUUCCGAACCGCGAGCGACGGGCAAAUUUCCUGCCACUCGAUGUGUUACUGAUGAUGCCAAACUUUUGGAGACCGUAUUCCAUCAAAAUGCAAACGUUUCAACUGCUCCCGAAAAGUUGGCUGAUGUUUCUAUUGUUUGCACCGGGAGGAGUAUAGAACGGAUAAAUGAAUCGACGCUCUGUCAACAAGUACGUUGUAAGUCGCAUGCAACUGUAUACGAGGCGGCGCGUGUUGGAAAAGAGUGCUCCGCGCACGGAGAGUGGUACGAAAGAUGUGCAGUGGAAGAAUUGAAGCUGUAUUUGUUGAAAUGUGAGAUUCAAUAUUUUGUGGAAUCGAAAAUCUUCGAUCCUGGAGGUGUGCACAUUUAUAACAUGCUAAUAGCACAUAUUAGUUAGAUGAUGUAAAUUAAUUAGUCGUACAAUUAAUCAACUCGUUACCAGUUUCACGGGAGGGAGAAUGUUAGAAUGAAUUUUUAGUGAAUCUGGCAACAGUGAAAUCGUGCGCCACUGAAACUGCUUCUAAAGUGUUUAGUUGUAAGUGAA